UUAAGGAUGGCUGGACAAGUGGCAAGUGACAGGAAAAUCUCUGAAGGCUUAGAGCACAUCAGACAAGCUGAGAAAUGCUUGAAGACAUCUCUGUUUAAAUGGAAGCCAGAUCAUGAUGGGGCAUCGUCUGAGUAUACGAAAGCUGCGACAUGUUUUAAGAAUGCCAAGGCUUAUGAGGAGGCUAAGGAAUGUUACGUGAAAGCUGCCGAGAGCCAGAAACACAUGAACUCACCAUUUCAUGCAGCCAAGUCGUACGAGCAGGCAGGACUGAUCUGUAAGGAGAACAAAGAGCUGAGUGAGGCGGCGGACCUGAUGGAGCAGGCAGCAUUCAUGUUUCAGGAGAAUGGCACUCCAGACACAGCCGCUCUAACCCUGGAGAAAGGCGCUAAAUUCCUGGAAGAAGAAAGUCCUGACCGUGCCAUCUACCUGUACACGAAAGCUGUGGACGUGUCUGAGAUAGAAGAUAAACCGCGGCAAUGUGCAGAGGCAGCUGGUAAAGCUGCUCGGCUGUUGAUCAAAUGCGGAAGAUUGGACGAGGCUGUGGAAAUGAUAAAGAAGGAGAUGGAGUUUUACGCUCAAGUUGACAAUUAUGCGACCAUCUGUAAGCUGGUGCUGGCACUGGUGCUUCUCCAUCUGCAUAGAGGAGAUUAUGUGGCUGCUGAUCAAAGCUUCAAAAGUUCACUCAGCUACCCUGGGUUUGGGGAGAGUGAAGAGAGCAUAGCAGCAGAAGAAUUACUGACAGCCUAUGACUCUGGGGACGAAGAAAAAGCCAGAAUUGUCCUCGGCCUGCCUCUUUUCAAGUACAUGGAUAACGCUUUUGCUAAGUUGGCCAGAGACUUGCGGUUGCCGGAAGGUGGAUCAUCAGGCGGGCGUUCAACAGGCGGCGAGGGUCAAGACGAUGACGAGUUUGCAGGCGGCCUGUGCUGAGAAGAAAGGCUUUGUCUGAUUGGCUGCCUCAAAGGUUAGCAUUCUAUGUUGAGGUACAACAGCUUGGUGGGUCAUAGCUCUCAUACAGCAAAAGGAAUGGUUGGAGCCACAUAUAUUCCUGCAGGGCUUGAUAAAAUGCAUAACGUUAAGCAUGAACAAUUAUGUAGCAAUUUAUCAUUUUCCAGGGAGAAUUUUGAGCGUACACCGCCAGAGGUAAUACACAUGCUUUUUUUUUAACCCUAGACAGACAAAUUAAUUUGACUGAAAGCCAGAAGGUAUUGACAGAGCUGUGGGAUUUAGGUUGGCAAACAUUUUGGGAUGUCAUAGGAUAUUUCAUAUAAUUAUGGGAUAUUUCUUUGAGAGACAUAUUUGGGAUAGUACAUGUGUGUGAUAUGAGAUAUUUCAUGUUUUACAUGUAUCAUAGGAUUGGUCAUGAAUGAUGUCUGAUGAUAUGGCAUGGGAUAUGUUACAUUAUCAUGGAAUAUGUCAUGAGUUAUAUCUGAUGAUAUGCCAGGGAUAUAUUAUCAUGGAAUAUGUCAUGCAUUAUGUCUGAUGAUAUGCCAUGGGAUAUGUUAUAUUAUCAUGGAUUAUGUCAUGAGUUAUGUCUGAUGAUAUGCCAUGGGAUAUGUUAUAUUAUCCUGGAAUAUGUCAUGAGUUAUGUCUGAUGAUAUGCCAU